AUGAAGACCGGCACUUCGCUCGCCGCAAUCCUUGCAUCGCUGGGCGGCGCUCAUGCCUUUUGGCGCAUGGAAUGCCGAGGCCAAGUCGGCCUUGCCCGCCUUGACCCUCUGAUUGACCCUGGUGUCCCCUCAAAGCAUGCCCAUGCGAUUCACGGCUCCUCUGGUUUCAGCGCGAGUUCGACGUUCGAAGACCUUCGCAAUGCCGACUGCACCUCAUGCGCUGUGGCUGAAGACAUGUCGGUGUACUGGGCUCCGGCUGUUUACUUCAAGCAUCUCAAUGGCACCUACCAGGAGGUUAAGCAGGACGGCGGCAUGCUGGCCUACUACUUCCUGAACUACGACCUGAAGGAUACCAAGAAGGGAAUCAAGGCGUUCCCUAACGAUUUCCGCAUGGUCGCUGGUGACUCCAACCGCCGCAACUACUCAGUCGGCGGCCUCGACUAUCGCCAGCCCGACCCGCCCAAGUCAGACUGGGGUCGCAUGGGCCAAACCAACCAGCAUGAUCUCGCCCAGCGCGCUCUUGGUUUCAACUGCCUCAACUACGAUGCCGAUCCCGAGCCUGCUUUGUACCGCCACUAUCUGCCUGACAAGGCCUUCCUGGACUCCAAGUGCAAGCACGGAGUUCGCUUCGAGCUGUCGUUCCCCUCUUGCUGGAACGGCAAGGACACCAGCUCUCCGGACCACAAGUCUCACGUCGCCUGCCGGGUCUCUUUUUCGAGACUAUCUGGAGGACCCAUGACUUCGUCGGUGUACCGGGCGGAAUUUGUCAUUUCCAACGGUGAUGUCGAAGGUUUCGGCUACCACGCUGACUUCAUCAGCGGCUGGGAAGAGGACUUCCUCCAGUCCGCCGUCGACCAAUGCACCAACGCCAGUGGACAAAUCUCCGACUGCCCCCUCUUCACGAUCCUCAGCGCUGAUGACCAGCGGAAGUGCAAGAUUGCCACUCCCCCCAUGAUUGCCAGCGAGAAGCUCUCCGGCCUGAUUGGUGAUAUCCUCCCUGGAAAUGUCAAGAUCAGCCUCGGCCCUGCCCCCGCGAACCACAACCAGCCCAAGCCGGACCCGAUCCCGCUCCCUGUUCUGUCGGUGCCGGUGCCUAAUGUGCUCCCUGGCGGCGUGUUCAAGGAGGAGCCUACCUCGAGCCCUGAGGCCGAGUCCACCACCACUCCUUCCUCCACCUCUACCCCCACCCCUACCCCGACCCCAACCCCGUCGGACCCUCCUAUCCCCAAGGGCUAUGAGCUUGUCCGCACCGACUACGUUACCAACGGCAAUGUGGUCAGCAAGAUCGUUGUCAUCGAGACGAUCGAGUACGUCAUGAUGGCCACCGAGACGGUCACCGUCACGGCCACCCCCGGUGCCGACAAGGCUCGCCGUGAGCUCAACCAGCACAAGCACCAGCACCAGCACCUGCAACGCCACCGCCAUGGCGUGCACCACUAA